UUCAAGUUCUCUCUUCUUCUCAAUUAGAAUAAGUUUAUCUUCUUUGUAUCACACAAUCAUUUUUUCAGCUUUGAUCAACAUUAACAUGGCUUAUCCACGCCUCCCAAACUUCAUGUCACCAUUUCUGGUUCUUACAUUUACUUUCUGUAUAAGCAGCAUAAUGGUUGCCGAAGCAUCACGCCAGUUGUUAGAGACUACUCCUACCAUUCCAAACGUACCUGAGAUUCCAAAGCCCGAACUCCCCAAGUUGCCCGAGCUGCCAAAGUUUGAAAUUCCUAAAGUUCCUGAACUGCCAAAGCCUGAAGCCCCUAAGUUACCUGAGGUACCUCAUGAGUUGCCAAAGCCCGAUAUUCCUAAAGUUCCUGAAGUUCCAAAAUUCGAAGCCCCAAAGUUGCCUGAGGUGCCUCAUGAGCUGCCGAAGCCUGAACUCCCUAAGGUUCCAGAAGUGCCUAAACCUGAACUCCCUAAGGUUCCUGAGGUGCCAAAGCCUGAACUCCCUAAGGUUCCUGAACUACCAAAGCCUGAAGUCCCUAAGUUGCAUGAACUGAGCCAUGAUGAUGCCCCUAAGGUACCCGAAUUGCCAAAAUUUGAAGUUCCUAAGUUCCCUGAACUACCGAAACUUGAAGCUCCUAAAAUGCCAGAGUUGCCAAAAUUUGAAUUUCCUAAGUUGCCUAAGUUUGAGAUUCCGAAAUUACCUGAACUCCCACAUGAGCUUCCUAAGCCCACUUUGCCAACCAUUCCUGACACCAGUAAGCCUUGAGCAUUUGAUGGUGUGCUGGUUUUAGUGGCAGAUUUAAAUAUUGCUCAGUUGCAUGUUGCAUUUGCUGCUUCUUUAUGAAGUUCUUUAUCUACCUAGCUAUUGGAUUUUUAUAUCCGUUAUUAGUUACAAUCUUUUACCAGUAUUAUUGCAUACGUGUGUUUGAAUAUUUAUGAUAAGUUUCUUGCCAUUAUAGUUUUUUUUUUUUCUUUUUUCUUUUUGACAUCCUUGUAUUUUAUAAUAAAUAAUAUAUCUUACCCACUUUUAUGAUUA